UGAAUUAAACGAGAUUUAUUCAAAAACGAGAACGAACACCACAUGAUUAUUUCCAAACAGCCACAAGUACUUUAACAGUAUUGGACAACUGCAGUACCCGUUUACUACAUUAUGAAAUAAUCAUCGGUUUUGAAGGUGCCUGAUGCAUUUCUGCUCUGCUCAUGUUGCACUUGUAGAAUCCAACCAUCACACAUAUUCAACUCAAUCAAACAAAGUUUAACCAAGAGCAUUUCGCAAUUAGUUACACUAGGUUUUGUAUCUUUCAUUUACAAUACAAUCCUUAAAUAAAAAUGGAAAUGAAACUGUAUUUCCUUAUAUUUGUCCUGGGGUCGAUCGUUUUUCACGUUUAUACACAUACUCAGCGACACUGCUGUGGAACACUGUGGAAAUUGAAAAAGCCGCAUACGCGGCACUCGCUGGAUUCUUUGACAAUGUAGUUUUAAACAUUGCAAAUUUACGCUGUGGUCUAGUGUAGUCGGAAGCUGCAAGAACUACUGUUCCCAUGAUGCCACGGUACCGCGUCAUCCCGGAAGUUUGGCAAACGCAAACGCGGCGUGGCCCGGGACAGGUUUUGCAGGCAUGGAAAUGUCUCGUUUAUCAAAGAAGAGAAAGUUGGACAAAAGUGUCCAGGACGACCUGUAUUUCGACAGCUACUCCGACGUAACCAUCCACGAAGAGAUGAUCGCGGACAGCGUGCGCACGGACACCUACAGGUUGGGAAUUACGCGGAACGGCCAUGCUAUCCAGGGCAAAGUGGUGCUGGAUGUGGGUGCGGGAACUGGCGUGCUCAGCAUCUUCUGCGCACAAGCCGGGGCAAGGAAGGUAUAUGCGGUGGAGGCCAGCUCGAUCGCCGAGCAGGCCAUGGAGGUAGUCAAGCUGAAUCACAUGGAGGACCAGGUCACGGUGAUUCGGGGCGCCCUAGAGGCGGUGCAGCUGCCUGAGAAAGUUGACGUCAUCGUCAGCGAGUGGAUGGGCUACGCAUUGCUCCAUGAGUCCAUGCUGAAUUCCGUACUGCUCGCCCGGGACAGGUGGCUGAAGCCCGGCGGCCUGCUGCUGCCCUCCAAGGCCGAGCUAUUCGUAGCGCCUAUUAACGACCUGACGGUGGAGGAGCGCCUAGGCUUCUGGGGCACCGUGAAGGAGCGCUACGGCGUGGACAUGUCCUGCAUGACUGGCUUCGCGCGAAAGUGCAUCAUGAACAAUGACAUCGCUGUGAGCCUGGUCACUGUGGAGGACGUGCUGUCCCACCCCUGCCGUUUUGCCGAGCUGGACCUGCUUACGGUCACUGAGGAGCAGCUAAGGAGCGUCCAGGGCAGCUUCAGCUGUGCCUGCUUCGGCUCCUCGACCGUGAAUGCCUUUUGUGUUUGGUUCACUGUCACUUUUCCGGGGGAGGAGAAACCCCUAGUGCUCUCCACAUCCCCCUUCAAACCAGAGACACAUUGGAAGCAGGCUGUCCUGUACCUGGAUGAGCCCGUGGAGGUGAUGCAAGACACCAAAGUAGAAGGGGAGAUAACGAUGUUCCCCUCGGAAGAAAGUUCCAGACAUAUAUGCAUCCAUGUGGAAUUUAGUAUAGGAGACCUUAAAAGGAAAAAUAAGACUUUUUCAAUUCCUGAUGGAUACGCUGAUGUCCAAUAAAAUUGAUUGAAAGGGUUUAUUAUUAUUAUUAUUAUUAUUAUUAUUAUUAUUGACUUGGGUUUGUUACUUGUAGGUGGAGCAGAACUUCUGUGGAGAUUAAAGAGUAAUAAAGCACAGGAAAGCGUUUAUGUGGGAUAAAUUUAAGCAGAUAUGAGAGUUAAUUUCUUUAUCCCUUAAUUAUAAAAAUUCUGUCUAAAAGGAAACUUGAAUUUUAUAGCAGUUUAUUUUAAUGCCAAAAGCCAAUGUUUGGUAAUAAUCCUCGUAAGGAGAAGAGAAUAUUGAUAAUGGGUUGGAUGCAAAUAAUAAAUUUGCCUUAUUUAAUUACUUUUUUCUACACUUUUUCUCCUUGUGAAUUUCUUGAAAGAAUUUGUAUUUAACCUGUUGUUUUGCCCUUGGUAUGUUUGCACACUGCCAUAUGACAGUAGCAUUAUUGUAAAUGUUAUACAUAAUUAGUUGAGUCGUUAAUAAUAAAAAGUAGCCCUGUAAUAUUUUUGAUAACUUUGUCUAGUGAAAUACAACAGUCUAAGCGUGAAAUUAUGAACUAUAGUGUAUUAUCCACUGAACCCAAAUUACAGAAAUCACGCACUUUGAUUCAGA